AUGGGGGAGCCAGCGAGCCGGGAGGCGCGAGAGAGGGGACCUCGGAGAGAGUACCGGAAGAGGGGGACCAGAGGGAGACACGAACAGAGCGACCAUGAAAGAGAGGCCAGAGCUGAGGGCACGCAGAUGAGGAGAGACGCAGCGAGAGGCCCUGGACAGGGGACGGAGAGGGAGGCCGGAGUAGAGAGGACCCACAGAGAGGCGGAGCCGAGUGCAGCGAGAGAGCCAGACGAGCAGAGGGGACACAGCAGUGAGCCCCCGCUGCACCCACGCUGA